AUGGACAGCAAAGAUUGGGAGACAACCGACAUCCUCAUCUGCGGAUGUGGCCCAACGGGGGCGAUGUUGUCAGCCCUCCUGGGCCAAAUGAACAUUCUCAACGUGGUGUUGGAACGGGAAGCCAACAUCACAACCGAUCCCCGUGGAAUUGCUCUGGAUGAGGAUGGCAUACGGGCGUUGCAGGGGUUGGGCUUGUACCGAAGCAUAUUUACAGAAAUUGGAACCUGUAUGGGAAAAUUCAAUUUCAUCAGCGGCACAGGUGCGAACUUGUCAAAGGAGGCGUUCCUUGCCAUGGACUAUGCCACCACUGCUGGCGGAACUGGCCAUGUCGGAUAUAUCUGUCACAAGCAACCAGCACUGGAGAGGAAGCUCAGAGAUAUUAUGGGGACUCAUGCAUCUUGCUCUCUACGAUCUGGAUCAACCGUCAUUGAUCUCGAAGAAGACGACAGCUGGACUUAUUGCACAUACAGAGAUGCGCAAGGGACGGAGCGUAAGAUUCGUGCGCGCUUCUUUGUCGGUUCCGAUGGAAAAACUGGCUACACGCGGAAGCAAUACCUAGAGAAGAAGGGGGUUUUUCUGGAGAGGGUGACGGACGUGUUAUAUGAUGAGACAUGGCUCGGAUAUACCCCCGAGCAAGUAUACGAUGCAUUUUUCCCUUCCGGCUUCCGCUUCCUAUGCAACCCAAAUCGCCCGGCGGUUUGCGGCCGGUUUGGACUUCCUAGUGACCGGCUCUGGAGAUUCGAGUUCUUCGUCCGACCCGACGAAGAUGGACAUCAGUUGGCCUCGCGUGAGAUGUUGCAAAAAAUAGUGUUUCCUCUACCUGGUGAUGUGCAGUUCCCGGAAGACUGUAUCAAGACUCUCCGGUCACGGCCCUUUGCUUUCUCUGCCCGCAGCUGCAAUGUCUGGGCGAAGGACCGGGUCAUCUUAUGCGGUGACUCCGCCCAUGUCUUUCCACCCUUUGGCGGUCAAGGUAUUGCUUCGGGAUUCCGCGACGCUCUGUCAUUAGGGUGGCGGCUUGCCAUGCUAUGUCGACACCAUCCCUCCAAUACUCAGGUCCACCAUACCGUGCUGAGGUCGUGGUAUCUCGAGCGCAAGCAACAGUUGGAGCAAUCUCUGGCGGCGACCAUUGAGAAUGGCAAGUUCGUCACCGAGAGCCAACCGCUCAAAGCUUCCGCACGAGACUGGUACUUCUGGUUGAUUCAGUUCGUCCCCAGUUGGAGGCGGCAGCUUGAACUGGGCAGGCGCCGCAACGGCAUGGUCCGCUACCGAUACCUGGAUGGCAUGCCUUUUAUUCCUGAACUUAACGGAGGCGUCAAUCUUCCUCAGGUUUAUGGCAAGACGUCAAACGGAGAGAUUGUGUUCACCGACGACAUAAUCUUUCGCUCCCAGCGAGAAGGCAUUUUCCAGAUGUUCGUAUACCUGCGCAAUGAUGAGAAGCUCUCGGGGGUGCGAAAAGUGUUGCAGGAGGUUGAGCAACUCUCUAAAGGUACCAUAAUGGCCAAUAACGUCCCCAUCAUGGUCGAGGAGUCAGUCGCGGAUGUUCAAGAUCCGAAUGUCAUCGCGUUAGCCACAGGGGAUGAGUUUGCAAGCUCUCCUCUUUGCAACCGACGACCAGAGCCCAUGCUCUAUGAUCGGUUUGCUCUUCGCAAGGAGGUCCGUGGAAGAUAUUGCAUCGUCCGACCCGAUCGAUUCAUCUUCGCUGCCUGCAAUGAUAUCAAAGCACUGCAUGGAGCGAUCCGCAGCAUGCUAGGUUACUUGCAGCAGACGGACCUGCAAUCAUGA